GCAGCUCGGAGCCUCCGCCGGGCGGGCGGGAGGGGGAGGGGCAGGUUUUGGUUCCCAUCAUGGCUAUCACACAGUUUCGGUUAUUUAAAGUUUGUACCUGCUUAGCGACAUUAUUCUCCUUCCUAAAGAGAUUAAUAUGCAGAUCUGGCAGAGGACGGAAAUUAAGUGGAGACCAAAUAACUUUGCCAACUACAGUUGAUUAUUCAUCAGUUCCAAAACAGAGAGAUAUUGAAGAGUGGACUUCCUGGGAUGAAGAUGCUCCCACAAGUAUAAAGAUUGAAGGAGGGAAUGGGAAUGUGGCAACACAACAAAAUGCUUUGGAACAACUGGAACCUGACUAUUUUAAGGCCAUGACACCAACUAUAAGGAAAACUCAGAAAAGCAUUAUUAAGAAGAGAGAACCAUUAAAUUUUGGCGUCCCAGAUGGUAGCACAGGUUUCUCUAGUAGAUUAGCAGCUACACAAGAUAUGCCAUUUAUUCAUCAAUCACCUGAAUUAGGUGACUUGGAUACCUGGCAGGAAAAUACCAAUGCAUGGGAAGAGGAAGAUGCAGCCUGGCAAGCAGAAGUUCUGAGGCAGCAGAAGAUGGCAGACAGAGAAAAGAGAGCAGCGGAACAGCAAAGAAAGAAAAUGGAAAAGGAGACACAGCGGCUAAUGAAAAAGGAGCAAAACAAAAUUGGUGUGAAACUUUCAUAACAAAUGUUCUUCAAAUGUCAUAGUGCCAGUGGGAGAAAUAUGAAAUCCACAACCCAAGCAACAUUUGUAUGGAUCAAAGAGUAUUUCCCGAAUACAAACACACUGUUUGAUUUAAUGCAUUCAUCAGGCCAUUCAGGACACUAGGAUUCUGUCAAAGUUCCUUGAACUUGUAGUGAUUGAGACUCAAAAGAACAAAAAAGACUUAUGAGACAAUAUUUUCUUCAACAUGUUCCAUUAUAAGACAGUUGUUUGCUGUAAGCAAAUUAUUACAAAUGGAAUAUACCAGUUCCUCUUCAAGCUGGUGUUUCUAGCUGAAUAAAUGGGUGUAAAUAAUUUUGUGGUGGAAAGAACUCUGUCGUCUAUAAUGUUCUUCAUUGUGCAUAAUUAUAAAAUAAAUAAUUUUAAAUAUUAAAAAAA